AUCGUGCCUGGCUCGGUUGUUGCGUACCUAGUCCCCCUCCCUUUCUCCCGUCCAUCGCACCUAAAUGUGAUGCUCUGUUCUUGCCCUCCUGCACAGGAGCGCAGUGCACCAUCUCCGCUCGUUUCGUGUCCUCGCGGGCACACUGGCUCGGCAUUGCCGGACCCAAUCCCCGCCGCCAUUCCUUGCCGCCGAGGCUUCCGGGACAGGAUUCCGGGACGUCGUCAGCACACACUGUGAUCCCGGCUCGGUCGGUCUCUUUUUGACUUGACAUCCGCGCCAUGGGCGAAACCACGCCGCAGGUUACGAGCCGGGCCGUCGAUGUGGAGCGUCAGGAUGCCACGGAUUCCGACGCGACCGUGGUCGGCACCGACCAUCCCGAUGCUCCCAUCCGAGACGCCCCUCCGCUGGUCGAGGACCUCGAGGAAGAGAACCGGCCGCCGACCCCGCGCUUCAUCCAGGACGAAGGCGCCUGGAAGCGCUUCAAAUGGGUGCCCUACCCGGUCCGCCGCGUCAUCAGGAGCACCGUGAAAUGGGCGCGCGGCCCGCCCACUCCCGUGCGCUACCGGAUCGAGCCUCUCUUCCCGCUGGUGCAGCACGCCCCCAUCGUUCUGCUCGACAAGUACCUCCCGCGCAAGCUGCACCGCGCCUUUGCCGUGAUCGCCUACUUCGCCGUAUGGCUGGUGACUUUUGCCCUGCUCAUGCGCGACGGCCAAAACGCGGCCGAGAUCCCCGCCUGGGGGACGCCCACCCUGAUCGGCUGCGGGUCGACCUACUGGGCCUCUGGCAAUGGCUGCGGGCUCGACGGUGUCGACUGCCGGCCCUUCACCGACGCCGGGUUUCCGUUCCUCUGCCCGGCGAACUGCGCGAGCUACCAGGUUCUGAACCCGCGUGCUGUGGGCGACCAGGAGGUCAUCUACCGGUCCCUCGUCAUCGGCGGCCCGCCUGCCUCGGGCGAGGGCCCUGCCGUGUACCGCGGCGACUCGUACAUCUGCGGCGCGGCGAUACACGCGGGCGUCAUCUCCAACGCGAACGGCGGAUGCGGCGUGGUCAAGCUGAUCGGGCAGCAGACCAACUUCAACAGCACGGCGGCCAACGGAAUCACUAGCAUCGGCUUUGAUUCGUACUUUCCGCUGUCCUUUACCUUUGAGUCGGGCAUCGAAUGUGAGUUCCACGAUAUGGUAUGGUCGCUGCUGGCCGUCUCCGUCGUGUUUACCGCCGUCUUUUCGUUGUUCGUCACGUCGCCGGCCCUCUUUUUCUUCCCCGUUUUCACUGUCCUCUACUGGACAGUCGGCAUGGCAACCGAUACGCCCAACCACUCCGACAUCCCCUCGCUCUUCUCCACUGAAAUCGGGAAUUUCCUGCCCGCUGCCUUCGUCGGCUGGGUCAUGUACGACAAGAUGGGCAUCAGGAGGACGCUCAAGGGCCUCACGGCGCAGGUCGAGAAGACGGUCCUCUGGCUCGGUGCCGCUUGGGUCGGCGCUCUUACCAACUACACGCUCGAUUUCAUCCCCAUCCAACGCCUCACGCCCCACGACCUGAACCAGCAGCCGGGCGCCCGCGCAGCCCUGGCCAUCAUCGUCCUGAUCCUGGCCGUCAUCGCCGCGACGCAGGUGUGGUUCUUCCGGCAGGAAGGGCGGCUCAUCCGCAAUCUGCAGCUGUACGCCCUCCUCGUCCUCGGCAUCAUCAUCAGCGUCACCCUGCCGGACCUGAACCUGCGCAUCCACCACUACAUCUUGGCGUUGCUCCUGCUGCCCGGCACCAGCCUGCAAACCCGGCCGUCCCUGCUCUACCAGGGCCUGCUGGUCGGCCUGUUCGUCAACGGCAUCGCCCGCUGGGGGUUCGACGCGGUCCUGCAGACCGACUACGCGCUGCUGGGCGACGCGCCCAUGGGCACGGCGCUGCCGUCCAUCCGCACGCCGACCAUCACCGCCAACAGCAGCAUCACCUUCUCGUGGGACCCGCCGCCGGGCGCCUACGACGGCAUCAGCGUGCUCGUCAACGACGUCGAGCGCUUCAGGACGUACUUCUACGACACCGCCGUGGUGGUCACCAACGUCACCUGGGUGAGAGAGGCGGGCCUCCGCGCGAAGGAGUACUUUCGCUUCGCCUGGAUGAAGGGCAGCAGCCGGGGCGACUAUACCAGGGCCGGCACGUGGGAUGCCACGGGGCAGUUCUGGACGCCGAUGGCGCCGGGUCCGUCGAGGCUGAGGGCGAGGGAUGAGGCGGAGCUUCUUAGGGUAUGAGGGUGUCGUUUUUCGGCGUGGGUGUGGGGGUUCGAUAAAUGCGGUUUCUUUGGUCUCCCCUUGGCCAGGUAUCAUUGCACCGUUGGGAGGGUGAGCACAACAACACCUCUGAUGCUGCAGGCAACCCCUCAAGCAACCGCCAUGGCCAGUGGCAUCCGUGGUAUAUAUAGGUUAUGAUUAUGAUCAAUGCUCGACAGGUUCUAUCCGUGCAGAACUCGUGCACCGGCGCCAAGAUGGCUCCAAGGACAAGGUCGAUCCGCGGGUCUUAUGAUGUCAUGCGCUGCAUUUAUAGCUCCGGAGCAGCCCCGCGGUCCGCGUACUUACAUCCAGAUCCGAUGUGGACCCGCCCGGCAG